AUGAGAGCUCUAACGAACUUUCGCUGAAACUUCAUGUAACCCUUUUAUUUAAAAUCAACGAACACAUCAAUAUUUAAUAUAUAUUUCAAAGGAAGAAAAAAACAUACAAUCUCCUUCAAUUAUUUUUGUGACACUCAAAGUUGAUGAAAGAACAUAAAGAUCACGUAGUGGUGAUCACGUACGGACCAUCCUCGGAGGGUUCAGUGACGGCUUCGCCAAUCUCUCAUCAGACCCCGUCAGUUCCGACGCCGUCUCCGUUUGCAUACUCCGUAACGCCGUCCGCCUCGAGGUUCAGCUCACGACGAGCGUCGGUUCAUGUUCCCGGUUUGGUUCUCCGGUUUAUAACUUUGGUUCUAUGUUUCGUAUCUGCUGUUUCACUGGCAGUGAAUGUUCAUCGGCCUUCACAGAGACAUCAUACACAGAGCUCCUCGAGUUUCGCUUCAUACCCUGAACUAUUGUAUUGUUUUGGUGUAGCUGUGAUAGGACUCGUGUAUACAUCUCUACAAACGUUCAAAGGAGUUUGUGAUAUUACCCACAGAGGAGUUAUAAUCUCUGAGCCUCUCUCGGAUUACAUCAGCUUCAUUCUUGAUCAGGUUAUAUGUUAUCUACUAGUAUCAUCUUCUUCUGUGGUAAUAGCGUGGAUCCAACAUGCAGACGGCGAUGCGAUCAAAACACUUAGAAAUAAUUCCAUGGUUUCAGCUUCAAUGGCCUUCUCUGCUUUUUUGGUUUUGGCACUCUCGAGCCUCUUUUCUGGGUAUAAGCUUUGCAAGAGAUUUAUAUGGUAAUAAUUCUUGUAAAUUGUUUUUAUAUCCAAAUAAUGUUAAACCUGAAUAAGUAAUGACCUUUGUUCGAAAAUUCGCUCGGCACUACGCAUGCGGCACAUAUGGACCUAGUAAUUUACUAGAAAAUCGGAAAGAA